UUAACUGCAAAGCCGCGCAAAACUGUGGCCGAGAAAUGGAAGAUACGAGCAAGGUGAUUGAAAUGGUGAGGAAAAUCGUCAGCAUUGACCCACGCAGGUUUUGGAUGAUACACGAUGAAAAUUUACACGCCUUUUUCGAUUGGUUUGCAAAAAUUGACGAUGACAAUCUCGUUACUGAAACACUGCUGAAAGACUACGACGAGGUUAGGCGAAGUGGCACGGUUUACAGCGAAAAAGACGCCGAUGCUCAAUUGAUGGAACUGAAUAAGGGGUAUGCCAACAUCCUUGAUUACACCGAUAGAGAUGUCGAGGUCUCGGAACAGGAGCUGGAACAAUUGGUGGAAAUCGAAGAGCAAUAUGAGCAGCUUCUAGAAGGCGCUAAGGAAACCGACAUGUCCCUGACCAAAGAGCUUUGCGAAUUACAACGAAAAAAAAUUGAAGCUCAGUAUAUGAUGGAAAAACGCCACUCUAUUUGCUUAGAUUUGGCUAAACAGCUUGAAGAUCUUUAUGAAGCGACUCAGCAGCAAUUUACCGAUCUUCAUGAUUGUUACUUGCGGCGACAAAACCCGCCCCUGUUCGUGUAUCAAAUGGCAAUCGAGCAAUUCGACGCCAAGUGCGACCAAUUUCUAAAAUAUCUAGAGAUGUAUGUAAAGAAGCAUUUCACAGUGAAGCGGCUGGAUGGCUCAAAAUUGUCCGAAGAGCAUGACAAUUUUCACGUCAUCAGUGAGCUGGAAAGCAUUAAAAUGCGCCUAGACGCAGAAGAGUUCAAGUUGCUGGAGGUUAAACGGGAUUAUGCUGGCGUGAAACAUCUCGUCCAUCGUUUGCAGGAUCCCAACUGGGUGUCUAUGAAGGUUCCCGUCUUAAAGAAAAAGUGUGUCGAACUGAGGAACGCUAAUGAGCAGGAUAUUUUGCGCGUCGAAUUGCUCGAAAACGAACUGGAAAUGCUCAUAAAGCAUAUGAACGAGCUGAAGAUCGAAUCUGUGCUCUUCGAAACCAAUCGUGUUAAACUGGAACGGGCAAUGAGUCGCUUGGAAUACAUUGAGCGAUUAGAUGCAAGCAUCUCUAAGGAACUGAUGAAUGCAGAAUUACUCUGGAUUUUGAUGCAGCUGGAUUUGGAAAGGAUGCGUGAAUGUUUUGACAACGCGGAUGAAAUGAACGGAGAGUCGAAGAAGUGUUUCAAACGCAUCGAUGCAAUGAAGCUUCUCGAAAAGAAUGCAUCCUUGGAGGAAGCCUACUCCGACUAUCUUAUGCGAUUAUCGACACUCGUACGCGCAACUGGAGAAAAUUUGACCACUGAUGAAUCGUCAAUUGCUGGCAUCAAAACGUGUUUGCAACAUUUUUCAAACUUAUCCAAACGGAUCACGAAACAAUGCGAGUCAGUUGCGAACGGAAAAUAUCAGAAAAAUGUCAACGAUAUGCUAGAUGGACUCACUAACCAGGAACAGAUGUUGCAGCGUUUUGUGUUUGAUGGCCCACUGAGCUGCCCACAGUUCUACGAUCAGGAGUACUUGGAACGAGUGCAAGCCCUCAGUUAUUUUAUGGGACAGCUGGAGCGGGAUUGCCGAAAUCUUCGCAAGGACUUUGUUCAAAAUAUUGAAGAACCGAAGCAAAGUAAAAAGUUCGAACUGUACAAACGCCGGUUGUGGAUUUGGUUUUUGACAGAACCAAAAAAAGUUGUUAUCGCAAUCAAGGAAAUUACAGCGGAGGCAUCAAAGUCAGCCAGCUACAAGGGCAUAUCUGGUAUUAAACGCAAAUCAAUAGAGAACGAAUUGAAGUUUUAAAGCUUCGAGAAGAUUCAUUAGAGAUGACACGAACCAGUAAGUAGUAUAGUCACAACAUAAAUGUAAGAUGGAUGUCAUAAAUGCAUGAACA